CGCGAGAAGAGCUCUAGACGGGCGCCUACCGUCCUCGACGCGUUCGUUUCGCUCCGUCGUUCAUCGUCCCCUCCCCCGCCAUGUCACAGACCAAGAAAAUCCAGGGGAAAAUAUUCAGAGGCGAGAACGGCAGCGGGCAACAGCCGCCUCGCUCGACGUCCGACCCCGCCCUCACGAUCAACAUACCCAGGCCCUCCCCGUCGCAGACCGCUGCUCCGGCCCCGCCCAAAUUGGCAAAGGCGGAGACAGCUUCGUCGCCGAAGCAGGAGCAACAGAACGGGGGCACCCAAACCUUCCGGACUAGGCUCGUUGACCAGCUGCGCGAUGAAUACAAGGGCGCGGAGAGGUACCGACUCGAGCAGGAUCGCAAGCGCGAGCUACACUGGAAGAGGUGGGGUCCGUAUCUGAGCGACAGGCAAUGGGCGACCGUCCGCGAGGACUAUUCUGCAAACGGCGACGCCUGGAGUCACUUUCCUCACGAGCACGCCCGGUCGCGCGCCUACAGGUGGGGCGAGGAUGGUAUCGCAGGCAUCUCGGAUAACCAUCAGCGCCUUAACUUCUCCUUGUCACUAUGGAAUGGGCAGGACCGCAUCCUAAAGGAGCGCCUCUUCGGUGUCACCGGUCAUCAGGGAAACCAUGGCGAAGAUGUCAAGGAACUGUACUACUACCUCGACUCGACUCCGACCCAUUCGUACAUGAAAUUCCUGUACAAAUACCCUCAGAAGGCCUACCCGUACGAGGAGCUUGUGCAGGAGAACCAACAUCGCGAUCGUGAUGUAUCUGAGUUCGAGAUCCUAGACACCGAUGCUUUCGACGAGGAUCGCUAUUGGGAUGUCUUCCUAGAAUAUGCCAAAGAUGAACAGGACCCCGAUAGCGUCUACGUCCGUAUCACUUCUUACAAUCGCGGUCCCGACCCCGCUACACUGCACAUCGUUCCGCAAUUUUGGUUCACCAACUUCUGGUCAUGGCCGGCGGAGAAACCCAAGAUGCCCGCCAUGAGUGCCUCGGGCAACACGGUCAUCACUGCUGUUCAUCCCACCUUUGGCAAGUAUCAUUUGUACUGCCUCCCGUCACCACCUCCCGUUUCUGCGAGCGGAUCACCUGUCGGUGAGAACGGUGCAGCUGAUGGAGAGGAUAUGGAUGCCAUCGAGCCCGAGCUCCUUUUCACCGAGAACAACACCAACUUCCACAGGCUCUACGGAGGCCAGAACGAGACCCCGUAUGUGAAGGACGCUUUCCAUGACCAUAUCAUCCCUUCGCACCGUCCGUCCCCACCAGCUGACGGUCAGCCCGGCUUCUUCUCAACGAAGAUACACUCGAACACCGUGCACCAUGAGAGCGGAACGCCGAGCUCCGAGGAAGAGCAGGGCCCGCGUACCCCCUUCCCCAUGACGCCCUCGUUCGUGAACCCGGAAAAGCGCGGCACCAAGUCUGCCGCGCAUUACGUCUUCGACAACGUACCUGGGCACGGCGGAUGUGCGGUCGUCCGUAUGAAGUUGACACGCCGGAAACCGGAACAAGACCCCACGAUUGAGGAUGAGGGCAUGUUCGACGAUGCGAUCGAAGAACGCCGAGAGGAAGCGAACGAGUUCUACUCCGCCCUUGUCAUGGGCCCGAUGACAGAUGACUUGCAGCAGAUCAUGCGCCAAGCACUCGGUGGCAUGUUGUGGACAAAGCAGUACUAUCAGUUCGUCCAGAAUGAAUGGCUGAACGGCGAUCCUGCCCAGCCUCCGCCACCACCAGAGAGGAAGAAUGUGAGGAACAAGGAAUGGAAGCACAUGUAUAUAGCCGACAUCCUCUCUAUGCCCGACAAGUGGGAGUAUCCCUUCUUCGCAGCGUGGGACACUGCGUUUCAUUGUAUCCCCCUCGCCGUUGUCGAUCCGGAUUUCGCCAAGAAACAACUGGAUCUGCUCACGCGUGAGUGGUAUAUGAAGCCCGACGGCCAGAUUCCCGCGUAUGAGUGGAACUUCAGCGACGUGAACCCUCCGGUGCAUGCAUGGGCGACGUUCCGUAUCUUCAAGAUCGAGCGGAAGCUGUAUGGUCGAGAGGACCUCGCAUUUCUCGAGCGCGUGUUCCAGAAGCUGCUGCUGAACUUCACAUGGUGGGUCAACCGCAAGGAUCAAGGUGGAAACAACGUCUUCGAGGGAGGCUUCCUCGGUUUAGACAACAUUGGUGUCUUCAACCGGUCCGAGCCUCUGCCGACAGGUGGUGUCCUCCGUCAAGCAGAUGGUACGGCGUGGAUGGCUUUCUACUGUCUGAACAUGCUCAACAUCGCCCUCGAGCUGGCGAAGCAUAACCCAGUGUAUGAAGACAUUGCCUCGAAAUUCUUCGAGCACUUCAUCUUCAUCGCCGAUGCCAUGACGUACCGCCAGGGCGAGCAAGAAAUGAGCCUAUGGAGUGAGGAAGACGGCCUGUACUACGACGCUAUCGAAUUCGACGGUGGCCACACGAUGCAGCUUCCUGUCCGCAGCCUUGUGGGCCUGAUUCCACUGUAUGCGACGUGCGUCAUCGAACCUGCAACGCUCAACCGCGUCCCUGGAUUCAAAAAGCGUUUGGAGUGGUUCAUCGAGAAUAGGCCUGAGCUGUCGGAGCGUAACGUCGCAAACAUGAAAGCCGGCGGUCGCGGUGAGCGGAGGUUGCUCGCGCUCGCUAACAAGGACCGUCUUGUCAAGAUUCUCCAGAAGAUGUUGGACGAGAACGAGUUUUUCAGCGAACACGGUAUCCGGUCUCUGUCUAAGAGACAUAAGGACCAGCCGUGGGGCAUGGAUGUCCACGGCCAGCGAUACGAAGUCAACUACUGGCCCGGAGACUCGAAGUCUGGCAUGUUUGGUGGUAAUUCGAACUGGCGAGGCCCGAUCUGGCUCGCUGUGAACUUCCUCCUGAUCGAGAGCUUGCAGCGGUUCUAUCAGUAUUACGGUGACGAGCUCCAAGUGGAGUGCCCGACUGGCAGCGGGGACUACAUGAACCUCGUCGAGGUCGCGGAGGAGAUCCAGCAUCGAGUGAUCCAUAUCUUUGGCCGUGAUGCAGAGGGCAGGCGAGCGACGAACGGCGGCAACCCCAAGCUCGAUCGUGACCCGCACUUCAGAGACUACGUCUGGUUCCAUGAGUUCUUCCAUGCUGACGACGGCCGAGGCUUGGGCGCAUCGCAUCAGACUGGCUGGUCUGGACUCGUGGCAUACCAUAUCCUCCAGAGUGGUGCAACUUGCCGACUUCCGAGGACUCCGAAGACUCCUCGUAGCCUUGCUAACCAUUACUUCGAUGAACACAUCGAAUCGCAGUCGGAAUACGGUGACGAAACCCACUCGCUCCGCAGCGCGUUCAGCGCUGCAGACCUCAACACCCUCGGUGACAUUUCUCCCGAGGCCUUGUAGAACCAUAUCGGAUCCCCUCCAUGGACAUUGUGGUGGAUGUACAUUCUCCCUCAUAUAACCCAACGAAUGUCUGUACAGAGUAUGUGUAGACUCGCCACGUAGAAACCCUCAGCAUGUAGCCAUUGCAUCCUCUGUCUUACCCAAUACACAUCGUCUGUUGUACCUGACUCAUUGUCGGCCCUUCUGGCUGUAAUCACCUCACACGUUCGCUGGCCUUCGUAGACAAGCUGAGCACCGGCUCAAUGUUGUUGAGGAUGAUUUUACGCAUACUACAAUAAGAACAGACGGAAGUUGACCAUAGAAA